UCUCAGCUAGUCCUUCAAAUCUUCUUCAUCUGAGAGCUUCCAGCUCCUCAUCAGAUCCAUGUGACACAGCAGACCUGCAGCGGGAGCACGCCUCUUUAUUUUCCAGGCCGCUGACGCUCCCUGAGUCACUGAGGAUGAGGAAGGAGAGGAAGAGCGGUGCAGGGACAGACGGGCUCGAGGCACAUCGACAGCUCUGCAGCUCCACGUUUGUUCCUGAACAUGUUCACUCUGCUGGUCUCCUGUCACGUUUGGUUCCUGCUCUCAGGUCUGAUCGGCUGCACGGAAAACUCCACAGCGAUCUGGUUUUCAGUCCCUGAGAAUCACCACGUCUGUCUGCCCUGCGGCAGCUCUGGCAGCUCCGACGUGAUCUGGACUCUGCAGGAUCAGGAGGUCCUGGUGACCCGACGAGGCGGCUACAAGACCAACAAGGACCGCCAGCGCUACCUCCUCAUGGUUAAUGGCAGCCUCUGCAUCCUGCAUCUGGAGGAGUCGGAUCAUGGAGGAUACCGCUGUAACCAGCAGCUGGUGGCUGAGCUGCAGGUGCUGACAGGUCGGGACUACACGGUGUCCGCAGGCCGGACGCUGCUGCUCCCCUGCAGCGGCUCCUCCAAACCCAAACAGAGGUGGUUCCAGCAGAGGGAGGGCGAGAGGCGGGAGGCCGUCCUCACCAAGUACAGAAACGGUACGGUGAAACCAGAGAGGGGCGGCGGCCGGCUGAGCUUCACCAAUGACGCCCUGCAGAUCCAGGACCUGCAGCCAGAGGACGCUGGAGAGUACGUCUGCAACGGGGUGCUGCAGGCCAGAGUCACGGUCCUCACAGCACACGCAGAGACGAGCAGCCAGCCUCCGUCCACCAGCACAACUCCAUCACCUGCAGUCGUGACAGCAGAAGUGGAAGAAAUAAAGAAGAAGAGCAACACGAGACCUGAGAACGGUCAGUCCGGUUAUAAAUCACCUGUAGUUUUCUGCCAGAUGUGUCACAUGUUCAUGGACCAGAUGUUGUGUGCGCUCUCAGUUCUGCUGCUGGUUGCUGUCGUCAGUGUGGGCUUGAUGAUCAUCUUCUUAGCUGCUGUCUGUGUGUUGCUGACCAGCAUGAAGUGCAGGAGGAAGAAACGCAGAGCUGCAGGAUCCAGUAUUAGACUCAGCAUGUUUUCUGAAGAUCCUGUGCUCUUCAUCUCUUCAUCACCACCUCUGCGUGUAGCAGCACCGACACGUGACGACACGGAGCUGCAGCCGUGGACGACGUCCAGCGCACCGACAGAGGGUGAGGACUUAGAGACCCCGCCCCUCUGUGGGGAGACGAUCCACUACGCCUCUCUGGGCCGACAGAACUGGAGGGAGAGACCCAGCAGGAGUCCGCCGGAGCAGAGCCACCACAGCGUCAUCUACUCCUCCGUCAUCAGCAGACCUGCAGCGAGAGCUGAGCACAAACUCUGAAAGCUAAAGUCUGAAUGUACAGUCGUGUGACGGGAAGCUUUAAAAUCACAUCCCUGUGUGAAAGUGCAGCUUAGUUUCACUUUGGCCAAAAUACACCUGUAACACAAGCUGUUAAACUCCUGUCAGUCAGUUUGGUUUUCAUGUUUCACU